UUUAAUUCCAGAUAUUAUCUGUGUAUCAUAUUUAUAUACAUAUAUGGAUUCAUCAUCAAGAAAGUCUUCUUCUAACAAGAUAAGAGACAUAGUGAGGCUUCAACAGAUCCUCAAGAAGUGGAAGAAGCUCGCCAGCAACAACAGAGCCGCCGCCGCCACCGCCACCACCACCACCACCACCACCACCGGCCGGAGCAUUAAAUUCCUGAAGAAAACACUGUCUUUCUCUGAAAGCACAACAUCGGGGGCAGUAGGAAAUGCAGUCCCAAAAGGGUACAUUGCGGUUUGCGUAGGGAAAGAAAUGAAGAGGUAUGUGAUUCCAACAGAGUAUCUGAGUCACCAAAUGUUUGGGAUUCUAUUGAGAGAAGCUGAAGAAGAAUUCGGUUUCCAGCAAGAAGGUGUGCUUAAGUUUCCAUGUGAGGUGGAAUUGUUCGACAAGAUAAUCAAGAUGAUGAUGGUGGAAGACAAGAGACCUUCAUCGGCAUCACCAACAUCAUCUUCAUUGUUGUUGCAGCAUGAUAAUGUUGAUGUUCAAGCUUAUGAUGCUGAGUUUGGAUACAAUCACGAUCUUGAUUUCAUCGGUAACUACUCACCAGAAGAUGCUGCUGAUCAGCUCACCCCAUCUCUGAUGAUGUGCAGAUAACAACAUCCUCUAUUAUUCAUAUUUACGUUACAUACAUAUAUGCAUGCUUCUUUUUGCUCAAUUGCAAGGAUUUUGUGGGAAUUUUAAUGUCAUUGUAUUCUCUCUAGUCAUGAUUUGAAUGUAAGAUUUUUUAUCAGUAAACUGUUGUCUCUAGUGGUUUCCACUGCAACAACCAAAGAUACACAGAGAUAUAGGUAUUAUUGCAUAUGGAUUGGUUGACAUUUGAAGUUUUUGCCAUGUUAUGAUAACAACUGAUGAUAAUAAUAAUAUGUAAAUUUGCAGACAACUUGUACACACUACUACUUAGGCUGCUAAUAAACUCAUUCCCAACUUUAUCAUAAUUUUGCUUAUUUGCUCAUAUAUAUCAACAUGUUCAACA